GAUGAGGACGGAGCGGCCGCGCAUGGGUCAGCUUGUUUUUCUUCACCAGCAUUGAGGAGGAGAUCACAGUAGGAACAAAAGACAAAUCAGUCCUUCCACCCGUCUCUACAGGUGAGGCUGGAGGUUUGGACCCAAAAUGUCAGACUUCCAUAUCUGGCUGCUCCUGGUCUGGGUGUUGUUAUGGACUUUAAUGCUCCUCACAGCUUCCCAUGAGGUCAAACCAGCAAAAAGGCCUAACUUCAUCAUCAUCCUGGCAGACGACAUGGGCUGGGGCGACCUGGAUGCCAACCAGCCUGAGAGGAAGUCCAACAACACUCCUAAUCUGAACCUGAUGGCUGCGCAAGGACUGAAGAUGACAGACUUUCACUCCCCGGCCUCGACGUGCUCUCCGUCGCGUGCGGCCAUCCUGACAGGCCGCUACGGCCUCCGAAACGGGGUGACCCAUAACUUUGCGGUGGAGUCUGUGGCGGGAUUACCUCUGUCUGAAGUCACCUUCCCCCAGCUGCUGCAGAAGGAAGGUUAUUACACAGCUAUGAUCGGGAAAUGGCACCUGGGACACAAUGGUCCAUACAGGCCAACCAAGAGAGGUUUUGACUACUACCUGGGCAUUCCUUACAGUAACGACAUGGGAUGUACUGAUAAACCAGGAUAUAAUCUACCCAAAUGCCCUCCUUGUGAAUCAACUGGAUCUCAUUUGAUGAGAAGUCUGCAUGGAGGGUGUUAUUCCAAGCUGGCCCUUCCUCUGAUUGAAAACAUCAGCAUUGUGGAGCAACCUCUUGAUCUGUGGAGCCUCACUGAUCAAUACAAAUCUGCUGCACUCCAGAUUAUACACAAUGCAAGUGCACGAGGACAGCCGUAUCUCCUCUACAUGGCACUGGCUCACAUGCAUGUCCCACUGGCUCCUCCACCUCCUGCAGGAGCUGCCAGCGAAGGAGUUUACACUUCCAGCCUUAAAGAAAUGGACUCUCUGGUUGGGACAAUAAGAAGUGCCUCUGAUGACACAGAUAAGAACAACACUCUCAUCUGGUUCACUGGUGACAACGGACCGUGGGAGCAGAAGUGCCAGUAUGCAGGAAGUGUUGGGUCUUUUACAGGAAAAUGGCAGACCAACAAAGGUGGAGGUUCUGCAAAGCAGACCACGUGGGAGGGAGGUCACAGGGUGCCUGCAGUGGCGUACUGGCCCGGCAGGAUCCCUGAAAACACAAGCAGCUCGGCCCUGCUGAGUGGCAUGGACAUAUUCCCGACUCUUCUUUCCUUGGCAGGAAUAAACCCCCCAGCAGACAGACGCUACGAUGGUAUGGACGCCACCAACGUCCUCCUACAUCAGGAACACAUGGGUCAUGAGUUUCUCUUUCAUCCCAACAGUGGUGCUGCAGGACAGUUUGGGGACCUGCAGACGGUUCGAGCUGGAAAAUACAAAGCUUUCUACAUCACAGGUGGAGCAGAGGCUUGUGGUGGGACAACAGGACGCCCGCAGCUCCAUGAUCCGCCGCUGAUAUUUGAUUUGGAGCGUGACACGGCGGAGGAAACACCCCUGCAGGUCCAGACACCCGAAUACCUGGCGGUGGCACAGAGGAUCGCUCGCAGGAGGGAGGAGCUGUUGUGGGACAUCGCCACUGACAAGUCAGUGUCCACAGCGGACUACAGGAAGGAGGAAUCAGCAGCACCGUGCUGCGAUCGAAGGCAGGCUGUUUGCCGGUGCAACACCCUGGACUGAGGCGGAGAAGACACAAACACUGGUGCAAAUAUCUGAACACAAUGUUGUCCAGCAGAUCUCUCCUUUGGAUGUUUGCAGGAGAUCUCUUUUGGAUGAACACUGCAGCAAAGAUCCAAAAGAGAUGUGCUGGAUGUUUGCUGCAUUUUACUUUUUUAUUUUGAGGUUCAAUGUCUUAUCCAGCAGAUGUGCAAACAGCAGUUGAACUUUGGUCAAUUUUGGAACAGAAUUUGUCUCUUGUAGAUCAAUAAUUUGAUUUUUAAUGCGUGCAACAAUGCAGAUCAUUUUUUAUUACAUCAUAAAUGAAAAAUAGUAGUAGGAAAGAAACCAAAAAGGAGAGAUUUUUGCCUCAGUUUGAUAAGACUUAGCAAAAAUUACUUUCUUUUUAAAAACAUUCUGAAUAUAAUAAAGAAAAAACACUCCUUGCAAAAGUUUCAUGACAUUUUAUUGGGUAUCUGCUUUAAAAGUUCUGUACUGAAUGGAUAAACACAGCUCAAAGGUGUACUAUCAUUGCUAUCUUUUGGCAAGUCACAUUGUUAUCUAGUUUUUGUACUACACAAGUACAUUAUAGAAAUGUUAUAUACAUACAAUACAAACCCUCGAUAUAAAUUACUUAUAUGCAGUAAGUAUGUGUGGAUGUGUAAUACUUGUUUUGACGGGAAUAUUUGAUACGUCAAACGUAAAAAUAACUAUGAUUUAUAUUUUCAAUAUUCAUUCGGUAAAUAUAAAAAAGUCCUCAAAGUAUUACUGAAAUGGAAGGACCUGUAACUUUGCCAUUUGCUGCUCUUCCAGACACAUCAAGUUACCUUUGCGACUUCCGUUUUCACAUCUGCUGCUACAAGAGUUAGCAUCAUAGCUGCUUCAGAACGUCGAAAUGUGUCACAAUUUGAAUGAUGCUUUAUGCAUUUUUAUUCGACCUUUAUGAGGUAUGACACGUCUUCCAUCCCCACCCUACUCAUAGGUCUAAAAGCUUCUGGAUGUUCUUUUCCUCAGAGACUGAAACCUCUAAUUUUGCUUCAAAUUUGACUAUAUCUCACUUUUUUUGUUGCUAAAUAUCCUUCUUUUUUAUAUGAUGACCUAUGAACUUGAUCUUAUAGCUGUUACCGAGGUGAUUUACAGGCAUUUAUAGGCUGUAAAGUUUAUAAAACCUUCACUUUUUUUUUACUCCAGUUUGUAGAAAUGAGCAUCAUCAGAAUGUGAAGUUCAAAAAGUAAAAUAUAAAAUAAAGAAACUUGUAAUUAUUCAA